AUGCUGGGGGUUCCAGAUUUCGAAGUAGAAAAACUUAGCUCCAGUACAUUUGGGUGGAAACGUAUUCUUGUCGCCUUGAACGGUGAGCAAUCUGAGCCGAAGCAGCUCAAACUGCCUCCCCAAACGGCCUUUCCUACAUUCCUUGAGCGUAGUUCGGCAUUGCAUGGGCUCGCUGAGGCUGCAAAAAGGGCCUUUUCCGACAAUGGCGAAGAAAUAUUUGACGUGGAACAGAUCCUUGAUGAUGACCUAGUGUACAUAUCAAAUGGCUCUGGAUUCGUUGUUGGAAAUGGGGGAGCCACUGGCGGAGCCGUUGGAGGAUAUAUUUUGAAGGAACUUAUUGGUAGUGGAGGCUUCGGCAAAGUAUAUAAAGGUAUUCAUCCCGAAACCGGGGAAUUAGUUGCACUUAAGUUUAUCAACAAGCACUCUUUCAGAGAAAUUGACGAUGCCGACCGAGUCUUCGUAGAAAUACAGGCAUUGCGAGACCUGUCUCAUAAACACGUGAUCAAGAUGUUAGACGUAGUAACCCAUCCUAACUUUGUUUGUUUCGUUAUGGAGUUUGCGAGUCACGGAGACUUGCGUGGCUACUUACACUCUCGAGGCCGUCUUUCGGAAGACCAAGCUCGGGCCUUCUUUGAGCAGGUCCUCAAAGGAGUGCAUUACUGCCACUCUAAGAACAUUGUGCACAGAGACUUGAAGCUGGAGAAUAUUCUUAUAGAUCAAGGCUGCCGCUGCAAGAUUGCGGACUUCGGACUUUCCCACUUUGUGGUCGGUACCACGGGAAUGCGGACGGAAGCGGGAACACUGGCAUAUUUGGCACCAGAAGUUUGGAGUCAAACGUCUCAGUUCUCGAGCCCAUUUCAACUGGACGUUUGGGCGCUGGGUGUGAUUCUCUAUGCUCUGACGCAAGGAAAGCUGCCAUUUGCACAGGCAGACAGGGCUACCGUCGACCGGCUCCACAAAGUGAAUUAG